CCAAAACAAAACAAAACAAACAAAAAAAAAUUAUCUUCCCUCUGCUCUCAGAGCACUUUUGGCAUCUUCCAUGGGAUAGAUGAGAACAGCCCCCGGGAAGUCAUUGUUGUGACUUCAGAUGUGGCUGUCAUCCAGGCAGCAGGCGGUAACUUUAGUGUGACAUUCACCGGGCAGAAUGUGAGGUCCUGUUGCAACAAUGCACACGUAUUUUGUCCCGCCUGUACCACCCGCACUACUUUUUUUGCUUGUGCUACUGGUGAGGGUGAGACCACACACUUCAGCAGCAAUGAGGCAGCACGUUGGGAAGCUCUAUGCAUCUGCAGUGUCUUCAUUUCUCUUCUUCUUACUGGUGGAUGUUGGUGUUAGUGGUGGAAAUCCAAGCACGGAGAGAGCAGCUGUAUCUCACAGGGCAGCACAGCCUCCACUGUUGACAACGCCUGAGCCAUGGCACCUUUUAGUGACUCAAACACCAGCCAAGGAAAAAGCCAAAGAGGGGGAAACUGUGGUCUUAAAUUGCCACUUUAGCAGUCCACAACGUCUUUCCCUGGCUGACCUGACGGUGAAGUGGUACAAAGAAGAUGAAAAGGGGCAGAUGGACCUGCUGGAAAAUAACGUGACCAUCUUGCCAAAUAACUCUAGGAUUUUCCUGAGUGGAGACUUGUCCCAGGGGGAUGCCUCCCUGGUGAUCCUCAAUGUGACGACCGGUGACCAUGGUAUCUAUUACUGUGAGGUUACGCUUCCAGACGGGAAGGUGGUGACAGGAGAUGGCACAAAGCUGAGGAUCAGGAGGGCUCUGGGCCUGUUCGGUAUCGAAGAAUCCAUUGGGACGAUCAUCGGAGUUGUGGCGGCGGGUAUCGGAGGCUUGGUGAUUCUGAUAAUUGUUCUAACCCCGCAGCUAAGGAGGUGUGCCCUCUGCAUGAAGCAAGGCUCUCACCAAGCUUGACCUGCAGUGCUACAGGAAUCACUGGAAGAUGCAAAGGCUAAACGUGGAACAACUUGUAAGCCAAAAAGGAAGCUCUAGAUGUAAUAAACGUUUUUGCAUCCAUA